UUUGUCUUAUUAUUUCGCAUGUCAACACCUAUCGGGCGGAAGAAGACGCUAACGUUUACUGAGUCAAAAGUGCUAGUGUUCGACAUGGCGUUCAGCCACAAGUGUGUUUUUGCCUUCAUCAGUGCAUUGUUUUUCCAUCUCGCUUCAAGCCAGUUUAACCCUACGAUUUUGCAAGACAGUCGCGACCUUCCUAAAGUCGAUGGUACUUUCGGAUUCCUCUACCGCACGGAAGAUGGUAUCGCCCAUGCGGCAAAAGGUGAUUCUAAUGGUGUCAUCCACGGAAGAUUCUCGUACACUGAUCCAACCGGAUUAAAAGUAAAUUAUAACUACAACGCGGGAUCGAGGGUUGCUCCUGGUUACAGCGAACCACCAUCUUCUGGACAAUACCAGCAGCCUAAAGCACAACAACAGCAGCCUAAACCGCAAUACCAGCAGCCUCAGCCUAGGCGGGAGGAGUACAGAGAGCCUCCACAGUAUGAUUACGAGGAAACCCCGCAAUAUGUAGAACCAGAACCUCAGUACGUUCCUCGCACUAGGCCUUCAGCAAGGACUCAGCAGAGUAGGCCUUCUUCCAGAGCUCAGUACAGUGCUCAGUACAGGCAACCCGUGCAAAGCCCCCCAGCUCAGCGCAGAACAAGGCCUGUUUAUUCAACACAUAACGAUGUUUAUGAUGAUUAUAGUAAUUAAUUAAGUGGUUUUUAAUUAAUUAAUUGAUUUGUAAGGUGAACUGUAUUUUUAUUGUACAAAUUUUGAAGCCAUAUUAUAUUAAUAAAAGUCAGUUUUAAUUAAA